UUCCACGCGGAACGGUCGCGUGGUAGCGUCAUGCCGCCCUGAACAGCGUUCGAACGCACCCGUCAAAUUCGCGUCUAGUGCGGCAUUGAAAUCGUCAUAAAUCGACAACAUCUGUGAAUAACUAAAAAAGUUUACAUGUACAUUGCUUAUGACGCUGCAACGUAUCAAAACAAAAACAGAAGUGAAACGGUAGUUGGAGUGAUUGAUUGUGUGAACUAAUUCCCUUUGAAGUGUUAAGAACGAAACUGGUUAUCUGUGAACUGGAGGUAGCGUAUAAUGUGAUGAUGCGACGUGGCAAGGCUUUGUUGGAGGGUAGUAGGCAGGGCUCCGUGGACGGAAACAGUAAUGUGGCUAACGAUAAGGAGCUGGUGCACAAGUGUCACAGCGACCCUGGGGGCGGUAGAGCCCUGGGUGCAGCUCCAAGGACGCACAGACAUCGAUCGGUAUCGGGUGCGUUGAGGAAAUGUGUUCUUACGCUGGACGGUUACUCCUAUGUCAUAGAACAAGGCGCCCUCACAAUAGUCCGUCGUUCGUCUAGCCGCGGUAAGACGGAGAGCUCUCCGCCGACCGACGAACAGCUAGACCAACUCGAUCUAGACACAGAGCACUUGCCCGCUGUCGAUACGCCCGAUGCAUGCGACAAAGCCGCACUUAGAUUACGCUACCUCCUUAGACAGUUAAACAGAGGUGAAAUACCAGCUGAGACACUACAAAAGAACCUCCAAUAUGCCGCAAAAGUCCUCGAAGCCGUCUACAUAGAUGAAACCAAGGAUAGGAGAGGUCCAGAGCAGCCGCGUAUGCAGCCGGCGACACUUCACAUGAGGCGCCUACGCACACCAUGCUGGGCGAGGUGUUCUGUAGAGAAACCGAACGAAGCAAAACCGGCUGUGGCGCGACAGCAAUCGGCGCCGACCCUGGUGUUUAGGAGACUGGCAGAUGAAGAUGACGAAUUAUCAGAAGUACAACCAGAUGCUGUGCCUCCUGAAGUGCGGGAAUGGCUUGCGUCAACGUUCACGAGACAAUUGGCGACGGCGAAGCGAAAGUCAGAUGAGAAGCCAAAGUUCAGAUCAGUGGCGCACGCAAUCCGAGCUGGUAUAUUCGUCGACAGAAUCUACAGGAGGGUUACGAAUACAGCACUCAUGCAAUUUCCUCAAGAUGUUGUCAGAGUGCUCAAAACAUUAGACGAGUGGUCAUUCGACGUUUUCGCCUUACACGACGCGUCCGCCGGUCAGCCUGUCAAAUACUUAGGAUAUGAACUCUUGAACAGAUAUGGAAUGAUACAUAAGUUUAAGGUGCCGCCCACGAUCCUGGAGAACUUCUUGAGUCGAAUAGAGGAAGGCUAUUGCAAGUUUCAUAACCCCUACCACAAUAACCUCCAUGCAGCUGACGUCGCUCAAACCGUUCACUACAUGUUGUGCCAAACUGGACUUAUGAACUGGUUAUCAGAUCUCGAAAUCUUCGCCACGUUAGUAGCAGCUGUCAUCCACGACUUCGAGCACACGGGCACCACGAAUAAUUUCCACGUAAUGUCUGGAUCAGAUACAGCUCUGCUGUACAACGACAGAGCCGUGCUCGAAAAUCACCACAUAAGUGCUGCGUUCAGACUGAUACGUGACGAAGAAUGCAACAUACUCCAGAACUUGUCACGAGACGAAUUCCGUGAAUUCCGCACUCUCGUUAUCGACAUGGUGCUGGCGACGGACAUGUCGUUCCACUUCCAACAGCUAAAGAACAUGAGAUCCUUACUUACUCUCGCCGAGCCAACCGUAGACAAGUCCAAAGCAGUGUCGCUGGUGUUGCACUGCUGUGACAUUUCACAUCCAGCUAAGAGAUGGGAUCUUCACCACAGGUGGACUAUGAGCCUUCUCGACGAAUUCUUCCUCCAGGGUGACAAAGAGAGAGAGUUGGGACUCCCGUUCAGUCCUCUAUGCGAUAGGAAUAACACACUCGUAGCGGAGUCCCAGAUCGGUUUUAUAGACUUCAUUGUUGAACCCAGUAUGGGCGUGUGUGCUGAUAUGCUGGAAUGCAUAUUAGGGCCACUGCAUUCCAGCACCAAGAAUUCUUCAAGUUCUGCUGGACAAGAGCCCAUAAACGAAGAGAGCACAGGAGCUGAACCAAUUAGUAAAUUCAAGAUAAAGAAACCGUGGGUCGCUUGUCUCAUGGACAACAAGAAAAUAUGGAAAGAACAAGCCGCUAAAGACGCUGAAGCACGAGCUAAGCUGGAGGAGGAGACGAAUGGUACAUCCCCACCAACAGAAGAAUAAUAUUUAGCCACAUUUGUAAAUAGCGUUAAAACUAGUUGUUGCAACAUGUUUCAGUCAUUGUUGAAUAAGAGCUAGGCUAUUGCUGUAUAUCGUUGUCACGUUCGCUUGUCACUAACGAUAUUUUGUAUUAUUUGCACAAAGUUAACGAUCAUUUAUUUCUUCUUUCUGGUGUAUUGUAAUGGUGUAAAAAUAGUUUAGUAUUGACUUUGAUAGCCUAUUAUUCAGUGAAGGCGAUUAAUUUUUCAAAUUUACAAUUAUUAUUUCAA